AUGCAUCCCAACCCAUCUCCCUUCUCACCAAUGCUGUUCGGAAUCUACAUGCAUCCCCAUAGAAACCAAUACCCAGACGACAUGUACUUAGAAUUCCUCAAAAUGGCAAGAAGCGCCUACUUCUCAGGACCAGACAGUUAUGUGCUAGUCUCAUACGAAGACAGCACUGAAGCAAUCACUGGCCUCGCACACUGGCGAAGACUUCGAGCAAACUCGCCAAAACAAAGCUGGUAUCGAAGUUCAAUCAAAUCCGCAGUCGAUUGGUACAACUAUCUCGAAUCCUUCAUUUACCCCAAUCGAGCCGCGGAUCCAGAAAGUCUCGGUGUGUUAGGACGAUUAGGACCUUUUGCCGUUCCUUUCUGGACGGGGUCGAGAGCUGAGGUGUAUGAUUUGACGCUUUUGGGCGUGGAUUCCAAGUUUGGCGGGAGAGGUUAUGGUCGGGAGUUGGUUCGGUGGGGAUUUGAGAGGGCGAAGGAGGAAGGUGUGGGAUGCUCGGUGAUAGCGAGUGAAGGGAAGGAGGGAUUUUAUCAGAGUUGUGGGUAUGAUGUUUUGGCGGGGAAUGUGAGGGAUUAUGGAGAACACGCUAUUCUGAAUCUCAGUCCCGACGAGAAGCGCGCAUUCGCCUACCUCUUCCAACAAGCCGACAAGGACCAGCUGGGAGUCGUCACAGGAGAGAACGCCGUCUCCUUCUUCGAGCGCACCAAUCUAUCGCCAAACGUCCUCGGCGAAAUAUGGCAGAUCGCAGACACGGAGAACCGCGGUUUGCUCACGAAGCCGGGCUUCUGCAUGGUCCUCCGGUUGAUAGGGCACUACCAGGCUGGCAGAGAGCCCAGCGCUGAGCUUGCAUUCAAACCUGCACCAGUACCGCGAUUUGAAGGAUUGACGAUACCUGGAGGCUCAUCCGCGCCUGCGACUGUGACUGCUCCUGCGCCAGCGCCAGCAGUAGCGCCCACGAGUCCGAGCUCUGGAGCAUUACCAGCGAAUGCCUUACAACCACAGCUGUCGGGCCAAGGCCCAAUCCGGGUGCCUCCGCUCGACCCAGCCAAGGUCCAGCAGUACUCGGGCUUGUUCGAAAGAUCGGGAGCACAAAAGGGUUUGCUUGAUGGAGGUACAGCAAAGGCCAUCUUCGAAAGAGCAGGCCUCCCCAAUGAAGUCUUGGGCAGGAUAUGGAUGGCUGCCGACAGGGAACAGCGCGGUGCAUUGGACCAGACGGAAUUCAUCGUAGCUAUGCAUCUUUUGACAAGCAUGAAGAGUCGGUCAAUGACUGCCUUGCCAAAUAUCCUGCCUCAAGGGCUUUGGGAUGCAGCUGCAAGAAGAGCGGCGCCUCCGAGCAGGCAGCCUACUGCUCCACCACCACAAGCCAUUCCGAGACAGCUAACCGGACAAGGUGCUGGCCCUCCCCGGACGCAAAGUCCACUCGCACGCCCUCCCAAUUAUGGAACUCCACAGCCGCUGUCAGCUCAAACCAGCGGUCCUUUGUGGCUUGUCACGCCUGCGGACAAGGCCAAGUUCGACCAAUUUUUUAACACAAUCGAUACGCAAGGCCGAGGUAUCAUCUCGGGCGAGCAGGCUGUGCAGUUCUUCUCCGACUCUAGACUGCCCGAGGAGACUCUUGCUCAGAUCUGGGACCUUUCUGACAUCAACAGCGAAGGACAACUUAACAAGGAUGAAUUUGCGGUCGCCAUGUAUCUCAUUCGACAACAGCGAGCACCGAACGCUGCUCCACUGCCGGCUUUUCUCCCGCCUGCCUUAAUACCUCCAAGCUUGCGAAAGCAGACGCAGCAGACUGAAUCGACAGCCCCGGCCUUUAACAAUGCUGCGCAAGCUCCAAAUAUGCCAAAAUCGGCGGCCGACGACCUUUUCGGACUUGAUGAGCCGGCACAAGCCGCGACACAGGCUCCCGUGCUGCAACCACAAGGCACUGGCAUGUCUGCUACAAAGGAUCCCUUUGCUGGAGGUUCCCCUGCUCCUGGUAGUCCCGCGAGCGCGAGCCCCGCCAGGUUCCCGCCACCAGGACAACAGCCUGGCGGAAGCAUGUUCAAACCUUUCAUGCCUACAUCUGCAUUUGGUGCUAGUCUUGCUCAGCAGAACACUGGUAGCUCACUGGCAUCGAAUCAACCCUCAGCAACACGAGCACCACGGCCAACAGCAAAUGAUGAUCUUCUGGGCGACAAUGACACGCAUGCCGCAGAAGCCAGCAAGAUCACAAAUGAGACUUCGGAACUUGGCAACAUGAGUACCCAGAUCGGCAAUCUACGAUCGCAAAUGGAGCAAACACAGAGUAAAAAGAACGCGAGUCAAGCCGAGCUGAUCCAGGCCAAUGCUCAGAAACGCGAUCUCGAAAUACGGCUACACCAGUUCAGGACCCAAUACGAGCAGGAGGUACGUGCUGUGAAGGAAAUUGAACAGCAGCUGACCGCCUCUCGCGACUCAACGAAAGCGCUCGGCCAGGAGCUCGCUAUGCUUGAAGGGACUCACCAGGAUCUGCAGACCCAGCAUCAGAACGUGUCACAGCAGCUGCAGGCGGAUCAGCAAGAGAACGCUAGCCUGAAGCAGCGCAUUGCAGAAAUAAAUGCUGAAGUGGCAAAGCUCAAGCCUGAAAUCGAGAAGUUGAAGCUAGAUGCCAGACAACAAAAGGGUAUGGUCAGUAUCAACAAGAAGCAGCUUGCUACGCAGGAAGCUGAGAGAGAUCGUUUGCAGGCUGAGAAGGCGGAGCUGCAACGCGAAGCAACCGAGCGCGAGGAGCAAACACGAUCAGCUCCCGUUUCCGAGAACGUAGUGCCAGCUUCGACCGUGGUGAGCCCGGCGGGAAGCACCCUGAGCUCCACGAAUCCGUUCUUUAGGAAAGCGAGUGAUGAGGGAGGUGCUCGAGCUAUCAGCCCGCAACAGACAGGCAGUGGUCCGACACCGAGCGCUUUCGAUGCUCUGUUUGGUCCGCCUGGCGCAUUCGCUCCCUCUGGCCAGACUGUCCCUAGCACAGGCACACCUCCAGCAACAAGCUUCGUCGGGCGUUCGAUUCCUGCUGCCGCGCCUGCGGGCAUGUCUGACUCUGUUCAGAGCAUCUCUUCUGCGGGCCAGCACACGCCUUCCGCGACGCCGCCGCUCUCUGACCAGGCUAAAGAUAGUCCAGCUGUCGCUGUGCCUCCCCCACCUCCGGAAGGUGGACAGUUCACAUCUUCGCAGCUCCCUGUGAUCGAUCCAGAUAACAAGGACAAUGAGACUGAUGCAAGUUCUACUAAGGUCUUGCCACCUGCAAGCAGAGCUGGAGGAACAGAUACACCGCGUGAUGAUGCGUUCGCUACUCCCGGGCUUUCGUCCUUGCAUGUACCAGGCAGCUUUGCCGAAAAUCCACGACCGGAGACUGCUGCCAAAGAAGGCAUUCCUGGUGCAUUCCCUGAGGACCCUUGGACCUCAUCCACAGGAGCACAGGCCUCACAGAAUGCGGUUCCUGUUGCGGCAAAGGAUGACUUCGACUCUGCGUUCGCGGGCUUUGGCGAGAGCAAUAAAUCAAAAGAUGCAGAUCAUGAUGACCCAUUUGCCACCUCCAGCAAAGCGCCCGCGUCUUCUGGAUCCGGAUCUGAGUUCCCACCAAUCCAAAGCCUCGAGCAUGACGACGAGGACAGCGAUAGCAGCGAUGAUGAUGCCGCGGAUCGAGGCUUUGAUGACAACUUUACUGCAUCAUCGCCACCCAGGACCAAUGCAGCAGCCGCCACGGCAACUGUUGCUGCUAUCGCGCCAGCAGCUGCUGAUGUAGGGCAUACUACGUCGAGCACUCCUCUCCCACCCCUGGACGCUCAGAGUGCGCCGCCUGCUUACGAGGACAGUAACAAGGCUUCUCAUGGCGGCAGUGGAGAAAGGACCGAGGAGAACCAAUUUCCUGCGGAAUUUGGUGGACUUUUGCCGGCAAGAGAAGUUCCGACAAGUCCUCCACCGCCACAUGACACGCCCGCAGCCUUGGCUACGACAGCUUCCAGGGAAGUGGCUCCAGACUCGAGCGUGCAGACUCCUGCCCAGACUCCGCCCGCUACCGCAAGUGGAACGAAUCCAUUCCCGCAGGCCACAAGUGAGACAUCACACACUGCCAACAUGAAGACCAAGAUUGGAAGAGCUAACCAUACCUCAGGUACUACAGCCUCAAGUGCAGCGGCCCCGACUGCGAAUAACGCUUUUGAUGACUUUGAUGCUUUCGAUGACCUCGCAGAGGCGAAGGAAGCCGACAAAAGUGGCAGUGAUUUCGACUUCGGCCUUGUCGAGAGCAGCAACGAGUUCAACCCAACUUUUGACUCGCCUGCAGCUAGCAUGACUACUGGAGCGGCGAGCUCAAAUCAGACACCUGUUGCAGCGAAUCGCAGCUUGCAUCACACAGAAGGCAGUGGUUCGAAUGGAUACUCCAGCUUUGCUAGCUUCCAGCCCAGUCAGUCAACUGCCGCGGUCGCAAGCUCCAAUUCCAGCAUACAACAGACGCCGCAGAAUGCACAGCAUGAUUGGGACGCUAUCUUCAGUGGUCUCGACAACAGCAAACAGAUCGAUACAUCCUUCGAUCGCAGUGAUCCGUGGGGCGCUCCAGCCAAUGGAGCAGCAUCGUCUCCAGAAACGGCUACCUCGGCGCCAAAGUCGAUUCCAAUUCCGCCACCGCCCACGACCUUCUCGUCGUCGAAAACGCUGCCUUCUCGAGGUGGCGCAAUCACUCCAGGGACUGAGCACGAUGAUCCGAUCUUGAAACGUUUGACUGGCAUGGGCUAUCCUCGUGGCCAGGCACUCGAAGCUCUUGAGCGUUAUGACUAUGAUAUAAAUAAGGCUGUCGAUCAUUUGAGCAGCCGGUAGUUGAUAAUCCAAAGUCCACGAUCCUUCGUCCCCGGGAGGACUAAUAAUAAUAAUAUUGUUAAUAGAUAGCAUUGUAGAUAUUGUGUAGUAGAGCGAUCGUUCGGAAAAUACCUAGCAUUCUUUCAAGUAGAAUCGUUUAAAAGCUCU